AUGCCUCCAAAACAAGAGCAAGUUUGGUACUUCGAUUCGUUGCUGCCAGUACAACCACGCGAAGGAUUGUUGGAUUGCUGUAAGAGGUGGAGCGAAAAGGAAAAGGAAGCCAAGCUUCGCUUCGUAUCUUCUCAAUUGAAGAAGAAGACGACGCAGAUUGGUUCUGCACUUCCACCAGACUUGCUUGAUUUGGAUGAGGAAGUUUUUUACUUGCGUGUUGAAAGAUCUGUUCGGGAGGGUCGCAAGCACGACGGGAAGGUCAUUGCAGAGGUCGAGCAGCAUCUGAAUAAGCACCAGUUUGGACGCCACCUUCCAGCAAAACAGGCGAAGAAGGCUAUGACAGAGCUGGGAAUUCCGAAGGAACACAUUCCAAGUGAUCGAGCUUUAGAUGGUGUCAGACACCGACAUUUGGAAGAGGGCAAAUCCUAUGACGGCAAGUUCGUUUCCACAUUUGCAGCUUUUUGCCAAAACCCACCCUCGCCUGUCGUGGUGCUUCACACGGAAGAGACACCUCUGGUUUCAGAAGAAACGGUUCGGGUCUUGUUCUACGAGCAAGAGAAUUUGGACGCCGUGAUUGCCUACCUUCGCACACAGGAUCGGUGUGUGCUCGUCAUGGAUGGCACAUUCAAGACCAAUGUGCAGGAUCUUGUGUUAGCUAGCCUCGGACUGGUCAUCUUGCACCAGGUUGGCGGAGUGGUGCGCAAUCGAUUCUGGCCGGUAGUUUGUGCUGUGUGUGACAAGGAAGACGAACCGUGUUAUGCCCUCUUAUGUGGAUCUUUCCAGAAGCUAUUGGAAGCUUCGGGUUUGGAUUGGCAGAAACUGGUGACGAAUGUGGUCAUGGAUGGUGCAGGCGGUGCCAUCAAUGCCACAAGUGCAUGCUUUCCAGACGCUACUUUGCACCGGGACUUAGAACACAUAAAGAAAGACGUCAAGCGCACCGGGAGCAAGAAGAAAGUUGACUCAGAGUUGACAUUGGAGAUAGCGGAAAUCAUUCAGUUCAGCGCGAAAAUCGCACAUCCACUACAGUUCCAUGUCAUCUGGGAAGACACGUUGCGAAGGCUGCGUGACCCCGAAGACUGGAAUCAGGAGAAAUUCGCGGAUUACUUGGAGAAGUGGGUCUUGCAGAAGAAAGGCUUGUGGUGGAGCGCAGAUUGGCAGAGUGGUCUCGGUCAAGUGUGCCCGGGUUACGGUACUUAUGUGUCGAAUUCCCAAGAGCGGGCUUGGCGUUCGAUCAAAGGUCUUUUCAAGAAAGGCUUCCGACACCAGGAUGUCAGCCAAUUGGUGCGUGAAACAGCAGUGACCCUGCAGACUCUGGUGCGCGGAGGACAGUAUGCCAAAGCAUGCUUUCAAAUCGAGGAGCCUCCUGAGUCACUUGCGUACAGUGCGAAAAGGUUAAAGUCCGAGCAAGAUGAUGAAGGAAUCCAAUCCCACCGGCUCACAUUGGACUUGAUGCAGCAGUGGCGAGAUAAGGAAGGUGACGCAAACACCUUUCUCAAGUACGAGACUGCGGGCCGCAUCAGGGUGGACUGUCGGACGGUGGACAUUACUUCAGUCAUCGUUAUGCCAAAGUACAAACUGGAGUAUGCCAAGAACAAGAAAACGGACAUGGUGCAGCGGUUGGACUUGGCACUUUGUUCUUUGUAUGAAGAUGGUGAAGCUGCUUUUCGCACUGCUUUGGGAAACCCAAGGCAGUGGUCCUUUUCCAUGCAUAAAAAAUUGUUGUACAAGUACACUGUGAUGUAUGUGCUUAGCACGGGCCGUGUCGUGGAUGAACAUCCACAUUUUGUGCACAGUAGCUGCAGCGAGCAGGCUUUCUUUUACAAAUCCGUGUUAGGCGGCUUGAAUCUCCACCCCAUUGCAAGGGGCCCCAAGACUCUCAAAGCCAGGCGUCCACGGCGGGACAGGCGAACCGACGAGUUUCGCAAAAAAAUGCGUACUCCUUCGCCUUGA